AUGUCGACACAACGUGUUUUAUAUAUUAAUCGAUUAGAAGAAAUUUUUGAAGAUUCCGAGCAAAAAACUGCAUCUCAUAGGCAGUAUCGAUAUCGGCCAGAUUAUUUAGAGAGGUAUGAUGACAAUGAGUUCAUCAAGAGGUUUCGAUUAUCAAAACCUACCUUUCGGUACUGUUCUAUAUCACCACGCACAAAACUAAUGCUAGCGCUCAGAUUCUAUGCCAGCGGAAGUUUCCUAAUAACCGUUGGAGAUUUUUGUGGGGUAAGCGUAUCUACAGCAAGCCGAGCAGUUAAAGAAGUGUCGUUUGCUCUGGCUGCUUUAUACAAGGACUUCAUUCAACUUCCAAGCGAUCCUACUCAGACGGUGGCAGAAUUUUUCCAAAUAGCUAAAUUCCCCAAAGUCAUCGGAGUUAUUGAUUGCACACAUGUUCGAGUACAAUCACCCGGUGGUGGCAAUGCAGAAAUUUUUCGAAAUAGAAAAGGAUACUUUUCGAUCAAUGUCCAGGCAAUGUGCAAUGCAAAUUUGAUGUUCCUAGAUUUGGUGGUAAGGUGGCCUGGUUCCGCACACGAUUACAACAUUUUCCGCAAUAGCCGUCUUAAGUUUUGUAUGGAAGAAGGACAUUUUAGUAAUUAUUUCAUCCUUGGCGAUAGUGGCUACAAGCAAACUCAUUACCUGAUGACUCCAUUAAUGAACCCAUCAAAUGCACCGGAAAGACUUUACAAUGAGUCACAAAUCCGCACGCGAAAUUCAAUUGAGAGAUGCUUUGGCGUAUGGAAAAGACGUUUUCCAGUAUUGUCGAUAGGACUGCGAAUAUCAAUAAACUCCACAAUGGCUGUUAUAGUGGCAUGUGGUGUUCUGCAUAACAUUGCAGUACUUUCAAAAGACCCACUUCCUCCUAUGGAUGAACUGAGUCUGCUGGAGAUUCCAGAAGAUGCCGCAGAAAAUAAUUCAGUGGAGAUAAAUUCUAACUCUGUUGCAAGAAACCGACUAAUACAAAACUAUUUUGCUAGAUUAUAAAACCAUCAACCAAAAGAAAAAAUAGCUAAAUGGAGUUCUAUGAGCAUAUGCACAUUCAAAAGAUACCAACCCUUUCCAAUGUAAUUUUUCAAAUAAAAGGUCUAUCAGUUUACAUUUAUGUUAAAUAUACAUAAGU